AUGAGCAAGCUCGCUAAAACCGUUAGUGAAUUUCUAGCCUUUCGGCCCCAGUACUCGCGCGACAUCAGCAAACUGCAACCCUACAUCGACGCGGCCAUUGAUUGGGAGGCAUCCCACGGCUUGCUUCUCCGGGCGCCAAAGCUUGAGGGUACUGACAAAGAAGCUGAAUGGCUCAACUCGGCUCUUGUUCCCGCACCCGUAGCAUUCGCACCCAGUCCAAUCCCGCGCUCAGAGUUUGAGAAGGUCGUUGCCCUGCAGCCUGCGCUCAACCUUCUCUUUGACCGCAUUUCUCGGGACCACGAGUUCUUGUCCACUACGCUGCAGAGCCUCGGCACAUCCGAUGAAUUUACAUCAAAGAUCUUUGACAUGUAUACUAAGCAGAGGGCGCUCAGCGUCGAGAAGCCGGCGGUCAUCGGCAUACAUCGGUCGGAUUACUUGAUUCAUGCGCCUGAAGGGGAGCCUGAGUCGACUCCGCAGGCAAAGCAGGUUGAGUUUAACACUAUCGCGGCCUCGUUUGCAUCUCUUUCUAGCAUUGUCGGCGACUUUCAUAGAUUCCUGCUUGACAAAACCGGAUAUGCUGGUCUGCUGGAUUCAGGGUCCAUAUCGAAAGAGCAACUUCCUGCUAACGAAUCGCUGACGAGCAUCGGUGAUGGCAUCGCGGCCGGAUUCGGUCUGUAUGGAAGAAAGGAUGCCGUGGUAAUAAUGGUUGUCCAGCCCAACGAGCGCAACAUCUAUGACCAGCGCUGGGUAGAGACACGGCUUUGGGAUAAGCAUCGCAUCCAUGUUGUGCGUCUGACAUUUGCUGAUGUUUUUGACAAGUGCACAAUCAGAGACGAUGGUCGCUUGUAUUUAGACGAUAAGGAAGUGGCAGUGGCGUACUACCGGUCAGGGUAUGCACCGACCGACUUCCCGACGGAGAAGGAGUGGGAGGGCAGAUGGCUCAUCGAGAAGAGCCGUGCUGUCUCUGUGCCCAACCUGGCUUACCACCUGGCUGGUUGCAAAAAGAUUCAGCAAGUGCUUGCGCAGCCCGGCGUUGUUGAGCGGUUCAUCAGUGAUCAAACAGCAGCCGUGCUUGUGCGCGAGUGCUUUGUCGGGCUGUAUCCACUUGACAGCACUCCAGCAGGCGAGCAAGCUUACCAAGAUGCUAUUUUCAACCCAAUCAACUACGUAGUCAAGCCCCAGCGCGAGGGCGGAGGCUACAACACGUAUGGCAACGACAUUCCCAAGCUGCUUGGGCAGAUCACAGAGGAGGAGAGGAAGGGGUACAUUCUGAUGGACCUCAUUCGUGCGCCCGAGUUUGUAAAUGUGCUGUUGCGCAAUGGCCAGCUAGUCGCCUCAGAGGUAGUCAGUGAGUUGGGCAUAUACGGAAUUUGGGUGAGCGAUGCGCAAGGCAACAUUGUUAUUAACUGUGCUGGCGGACAUUUGCUUCGGACAAAGGCAUCGGAUGUCUACGAAGGUGGCGUGGCUGCAGGAUUUGCAGUCAUAGAUUCGCCUCUUUUGAUUUAGAUGUGCGGGUAGGUCCGGGCGUCGCCAGCCUGGGCAAGCGCAAGCGGAAAUAUAAUUUGGACCCUUUUACAGGGGAUUUUACACUCUGUAGAUAGGUUGUUUGCAGGGUAAGCGUAUUUCCCGAUCGCUGCUCGAGCCAAGCCAAGUCUGACCUAUUUUUACCCACAUAACCAACCUGUUUUCACCGCUUCAUCACAAAAUUUCAUUAUUUUAUUUCUAAAAAUUGUUGGCGUCGGUGGUAACCAAAUGAAAAAUUGAGCUCACAUCAUCUGUGCAUCGAGAUGCGCGAAACAUUCCAAACAGGACAUGCAAAUUGUUUUUUAGCGUGAUUCAAAAGUGCCAAUACUUUUUUGCAUUUUGCAUAAUCAAUCGUAUUUUGUAUGCUGUAUAACACAACGCGUCACUUUCUGUCACUUCUCAAUACGCAAUGUGGGC